CGGUCACACUGCUCAAGCCACAGUAUAGAAAUAAACAAAAGCAAAAAUGUUAUAUUUAAUUUAAGCUUUAAGCAUUUUGUACAGUGCUAAACUGCAUUCCUUAAUUAGCGCCUAGCGUUGUAUUUAGUUGCGCAUUGUUUUUGCGAUGUCGAAAGCUGCGGGCGUAGUCGCCACAUUGCCAGGUGGCGGCGAACCAAGUUCGCCAGUGCAAAAGGUCUGGAAGCCAGAAUUGUAUAGAAUACAAUUGGACGCACCGGCACCGCAUCCUGUGCGCUGUCAGCGCACCUUGCCACUACCGCCGGCCAAGAGCACCGCCGACGCCGUUGAGGAGAACAAUCAGGCGGUGCGUUUGUACGGCACGGAAUACCAUGGCGUGAUGGGUCACCUGGAGGCCGAACAGCUGCUGGCCAAUGCCAGCGAUGGCAGCUAUCUGGUGCGACGCAGUCCCAAAACGGAUGGCUAUCAUACGCUGAGCGUGCGCUUUAAUAAGCGCACAAAACACUACAAGGUCUUUUACAAGCCGGGCGAUGGGCAUUAUCUGCGCGAGCAGGACAAACACUAUGAGACGGUGCACGAAAUGGUUGCCGAUGGGCUAAUCAACUUUCACAUGCAGCUGCACGCCAGCCCCAUCAUACAGCAGAUUAAUCAGCAAACCAAAAACUGCUACCAGCAGAGCCCCUACAUGACGCUGAAUCGCCGCAAGCUGCGCGCACUCUCCAAUGAGCUGGGCAAAAUGUCUGGCGCGGGCAAAACAGAUGCUUGUGACGGUUCUGCUGCGUCAACGGAUGCGACUGCGGCUGUAGCGUCGUCCCAGGACAGCCAGAUCUGCCAGCACUUGCCGCCACAACAGCAGCAGCAGCCGCAACAAGCUGCCGCCGAUCCCAUGCCUCUUGUGUAUGAGAAGCCGCACAAUUUUAAGGUGCACACGUUCAAGGGGCUCAACUGGUGUGAGUUCUGCGCCAACUUUCUGUGGGGCUUCACCGCGCAGGGCGUCAAAUGUGAUGCCUGCGGCUUUAUGGCGCACAACAAAUGCUCCGAGCUGGUGCCGCCGAAAUGUGUGCCCGAUUUGAAAUGCAUCCGUGGUGUCUUUGGCACCGACCUGACCACCAUGGUGCAGCUGCAUCAAUGCAAUAUACCAUUUGUGGUCCGUCGCUGCGUCGAGGAGGUGGAGGCACGCGGCAUGCUCCAGGAGGGUAUCUAUCGCGUCUCUGGAUUUGCCGAUGAGAUCGAUGCCCUCAAGCUGGCGCUCGAUCGCGACGGCGACAAGACUGACAUGUCCGAGGCGGCCUAUGGCAAUGUCAAUGUAAUUGCGGGCACACUUAAGCUCUAUCUGCGUCUGCUGCCCGUGCCGCUGAUCACGUUCCAGGCAUAUCCCAGCUUUAUGGCUGCCGGCCGCAAUGCAAUGCCAACGGAGCAGCUGCAGCUAAUGGCGGACGCAGUGCGUCGCCUGCCGCCGGCCCACUACAGUUGCCUGCAGUAUAUGCUGGAGCAUCUCAAGCGCGUCGCCUCGCAUUAUGCGGUCAACAAAAUGAAUGAGCACAAUCUAGCCACUGUGUUUGCGCCCACGCUGAUUGCCACGCCACAGCACAUGACGAAUCUCACGGAGGAGAUAUUUAUGCUCUCCUCGUUGAUAACCCACUGCGAGACCAUCUUUGUCAGCUCCAAGCAAUAACGAUGCCCAGCGGGCGAGCGAGUGAGAUAGCGUGUGCAUCUCUCUCUCUCUCUCUCUGUUUCUCACUCUCUCUCUUUCUGUUUCGUUAUUUUAUCACUGUUCACGUUUCUUAAACGUUUUCUAUCUACGCACUUCUUGCAAUCCUUAAUUAGUUUAUACAUUUUAGUCAAGCAUUUAUUUAUUUAUUAAAACAUUUUGCCGCAUCUUUGAUGCAUUCACCAAAAA